AUGACAUCUGCGUCUACUGACAUUAAUUCCAAAUCUUCAACAUCAAUAAUUAACAACAAAAAUGAUAACAUUGAUAGUUUCAAAGAGGUGGAAGAAACGUUAAUGACCGAAAUAUCUGUGUUAGAUGGACAGCAGUUUGAUGAUCUCUUAAGUUGGUUUACAACGGUUGAAGAAGUUUUUAAGAAACUGAAAUACCACGAAAGAAUGUAUGUUUCUUUUGCAUAUGAUUAUUUGGUAACAAGUUUGCAGGAAUGGCAUGAUCAAAAUUAUUGUCAUUUUAAAAAUAACUGGAGUGAUUUUAAACAACACUUAUCUUCUUUAUUGAAUCAAACGUCUUUGCCUAUGCCAUCCGCAGUAACCACUACAACGCAAUCCGUCACCUUUUCCUCCGCUAUCGUUAACAAACAGGAACAAGAACAAAAUCAGCAGUCACAAUCGGAACAACAGAGAGCAGAAGAAACCCAAAGAGUCAUUAGUACCGUUCCAAAUUUUGACGGAACUGACGCGGAAGGUUGGUUUUCGAAUUUGCUUCGCAAAUUCAGAGAACUGGAUUUAGAACCAGAAACGAUGUUAUACUAUACAAAGUAUAAAUUUAGUGGACAGUCGCUUAUCUGGUAUUAUGAAAAUUUUUCCAAAUUUGAUAAUUUUUCUACUUUUGUGAAAUUAUUUCGCCUUCAAUUUAUUGAAAUUUCUUCUUCUAAUCCAUUCAUCUCUUCUUCUACAAAAGUUGGCGAUCGAAAACCUUCGUCGAGCUCUACUACAACAUCUUUACCAACGUUUUCUGCCGAUUCAUUCGCAAUUCGCUCUCCAACUGAUACAGUUGAAAAUAUUUUGCAGAAGAUUGUCAUCGAAGAUAUUAUCAAAAAUCCAAAGACAUUCACAGGAAAAGAAAAUAUUUCAACAUGGAUCGAACAAGUAGAACAUUUGUUUAUUACUUCUAAGUGGCCUGAAGAUCUUCGAUUACAGUAUAUUCCACAAUUUUUGAAGAAUGAUGCCAAGCAUGGUAUAAAGAUAAUCAAUCAAUUAGAAUGUCGUGGAAUGAAUUUAAAACACAAAUCAAGAAGGCCUAUACCUCAACUUAUGAAAUCACAAUUGCUUUUCAACGUUUAA